AUGGCUCUGGAGGAUGGUCUGUGUUCUCAUUGUAUGCGCGCCUGUCAGCUGGCAACAUGUCACUUUCACAAAGAAGAAGCUCCGUAUAGAAAGCAUAUCAAGAUGAAGUGGCCUGUCGUUCUUCUCGGUGUCCUCACCUCCCUCGCCGCGGGUGGCCCUCUUGUCACUCCCCGUGACUCAACCUCUGGAACGGAUGCCGAACCUCAAGACGUAUGCCACAUUGAGUGCACCGUCUUCUACGCGUACUGCCGGAAGAAGCCCUACAGUUACACGUGUAGCAGGGAUGGACAAUAUCAUUAUGGCCGGCGAAACCAUCGGUGCGAACAACAAUGCUGGUGCCAGUGCGAAAUGGGCUGCCGCGGUGGAAUUUGCGCCACCAGGGACUGAAAUAAUUCAAGU